ACAAGUGAACAAGUUUCAUGUCUAGGUAUAUAGAUUUUUUUUACCUUCACGUCAUUAACUGUUUAUGAAACAACAUGUGAUAUAUUAUUUAGGUGAUGUACGUUCACAGGUGAUAUGAAUACAUUGUAGAUAACCGUUGGAAUUGUUUUCGAGGUGUUUUGCCAAUGAAAUGGUACAUCUGUUACCACUGGGACGGACUACUUUACAGGAAUGUAUUACAGUGUAAUAUUGAACACCUUCAAGUAUAUACUGGAAUAAAUACUAGAAGUAAUUGCAUGUUAAAAAAUCAGAAAGAAACAGUGAAUGCCAGAUAAGAGAUUCCCUGUUAUAACUGUUAUAGCAACGUUGAGGAAACAUAAGUAAACGUAACAGAAACAACAGGGGUAUGAAUUAUUCAAAACUAAAUUCAUACCGACCGAUCGACGAUUAGUAUGUAAGCUAAAUGGUAGUGUCUAAGUUGUGAGAUUUUUUGCAACUUAUAUUAUAUAUUUUAAUGAGAUUCUAUGGAUCUACAGUUACGUUGAGUAAUAGGAUUCUUCCGAUUUCUUCAUUAUUAUAGACCUAACUACCAAAAGGAUUUGCUUGAAACAAGACUGUGUCUCUUGAGCAAAAUGGAAAAGAAAGAAAUUAUAAACAUGCGGAUUUAUGAGAAACAUGAUAUAUAUGAAAUAAGGAAUACAAUGACAGAGCUUGUCUAACAGUAUCUCGUGCAACGGUGUAUUCCUUAAUUGGAAAACGUUCUAGACUGCAGGAGCAAGUGCCUUAUAUGGAAUAAGUAAAUAUAUAAUAAGUAUAUAAUAAAUUGUCUGGAUAUAAGUAUAUUUUAUGGAUCCAUGAUCGCGCUUUUACCACGAUCUUAUGAAAUAAAAAAGGAUAUAUUCAUUAGUGCAAAUAGAACGCAUACAAUAUAUUAUUUGACGAAGUGUUUUAUCCAUUUUUGGAUGUGUUCAUUUGACGAAGUGUUUUAUCCAUUUUUGGAUGUGUUCAUUUGGCGCAAUGUUCUAGCUGAUGAUUGUGAUCUUGAAAAGAAAUGUUAGGAAGGAAACAUUCUUGUCCAAGAUAAUGAGAGAUGUAGAUUGGUCAUUAAAUGCAUUUGCUUUAUAGAACUAGAAUAUAAGUGAUCACUUCAACAGAAAGGGACUAUUUGGGAUUUUACGUUUAGGAGGCGAGGUAAUCAUUUCAAAUGCGGGUAAUACAUACAGGUGAAAUGCUGUGUUAAAAUGCCAUUUCUUGAUGGAAUAACCGGAAUAGUAUUCGGAGCGAUCGUCGGAUCAAUUUUUGUGAUCACGUGCAUUAUUUCUGCAAUAAAAGCAAUCAGGGAUAGGUCACGUAUCAAGAAACGAAGAGCCGUGCGGAAAAGAAAUCAACUUGAUUACACUGUAGACGGGAAAAACGAUUUAAGUGUUGAAGACAUUCAGCCAUCUCUCGCAAGCACUUCUCAGAAAAAUAAACUUCAAAGUGCAGGCAGUGAGAAGUUUUCUAAUGGUACGUCAGAUCAUGACGGCUUUAAAGAGCGUCUUGAUCAAUCAGUGUAUUCUUUUGAUGCAGGAGUGGAUAACUUGACUUUUCAACAAAGUAACACAAACAUUAAAAACGCCGACAAGAAUGAAGGGUUACUACAACACAAAUCAAAAGCAGCUGCUGAAUUCGUGCCUUCCCCAAAAAGUAUGGUACCAAAGCGUGCUAAAUCACACGACGCCAAUUUUCGUCGGAAAAGAAAUCUCGAUCAUCUUCCAGCAGACUGUCUUGCUAUUAAGAAAAGUAUGCGCAGACAUUCGUAUGAAAUAGCUGUUUGUGAAAAUUCAUGGUUGGCAAAAGACCACUGUUGCUUUGCGCCAUCAAAAGUGAUACUGAACGCAUACAGCUAUGGCAGAAAUGUAGGAAAUAACGCAAAGUCGUCCGAAGUGGCUUUUGAGAAUGAGGCAUUUGAUAAAAAUGAUUACAGAAAUACCUAACAAAAGUUAAAACCUAGGGUUGUCUUAAGCCAAGCCACGGUCAGGAUUUGUAAUUCUAUGCCUAGAAAAAUUGUAAAUCGGUUAAAAUGUGCCUAAUUUCUGUUUGAUAACGGAAUUAAUUACAGAAGGUGAUUGUGUAGAUGUAACAAUAUGGUUUGAUUUGAUAGACGUCAUUGUUAUGAGUUUGAUAUUCUAUUUUACUUACUUACUUACUUACCUAGACAUAUCUUUGCUGCUUUUAAAAAAAACUGUAUUAUCAAUAUGUAUAGUGGUUGUCUACGAGAAACCUAAUCAAAAUAAUAUAGGUCGCGCCAUGACUUAGCCAGUAUAACGCCAUUGUAUCGUCAGAUGAUUCAGUGUAUUUGACUAUCAGUGCAUAAUAUAUGAACAGCCCAAUGAAUCCUAAUACCCCAGUCACACAUACGGCGCGGAUAGCU